UAUCUUACAAGUGUAGGAUUUCUCAAUCCUUGGCACUAUCAACAUUUUAAACUAGAUAAUUCUUUGUAGCGGAGGGGCUGUCCUGCACAUCGUAGGAUGUUUAGUAGCAUUCCUGUCCUCUACUCACUAGAUGCCAGUAGCACUCCUCUCAAUUGUGACAUUUAUGAUUUACAUGUCUCCAGACAUUGCCAAAUGUCCCCCCCCGAGGUGGGGGGGGGUAUGCAAAAUCACCCCUGGUUGAGAAUAUUCAGCCUUAAAGAAAGAGCAUCUUUUUUCUAAUUAUCCCCAAAAUGCCAUAUGGUUAAUUGUACUGAUUGUUCCCUGCUGGAACUUACCAUGGUCCUGGGAAUAUUCUUUCAGGCUAAGCAGACCCAGAUGUUUUGGCAGCAGCUCCCACACAGUGUGUGGUUUUCAUUCCCUUCCUCCUGUGUCUGUCCCUCGGACCCUAAGUGGGUCUGCAUUUGUUUCCACGAAUAACAGACUUAAGCCUGGACGGAUUGUCCCAGGUGGCUGUCUGUGACUUGGAGAAGCUCUCCCCUCUUGACAGAAACUUAAAGGAGGGCCCAACCAGGGCAGUAUGUUGAUGUCCCAGUGGACAGAUGAACAUUGUCCCUUGGCCUGUAUGCCUUGUCAUCACACUUUGUUAUCCACAAACUGUUUUCUCCAGUUUUGUUUGUAAAAUCAUUAGUCAUGCUUAUAUAAAUCCCUGUUGCUGUUCACCCUGGAGUCUGGUACACACUAGCUACUCCUCAAAAGAAAAAUGACUAAUUAAAAAAAUGAAAGUGUAUAUUUCUGAGAGUCUACUCUUAAUAUUUCAAGGUUCUCAUUCUGGCUGAAUGUGUGAGACAUGGCCAUCUCCAUAUCAGGCAUAAAAACCUUUUAUACUUCUAUUUCUGAUGCUUUGGAAUAUGAAUGCCUAUCCCCUCAAAGUCUCUCUGUCACACAAAAUGCAUUUCAUACACUUUCAUACAUGUCAUUUAACAGGUAUCUUAAGUGUAGCUUUUCCCAGAAAUCUGGUACAAAUUCAUGUCCAGCCAUUUUCUCAUUAUGCUGCACAGACAGAAACUUCAUUUUAUCUAUGUAGAUUUGCUUUCCUCUCCUCGCCGAAACUGGUUUCUUCUCCUUACUUGCAUUCAUUUGUACGCUUAAAAUUUUUAUUUCGGAUUCUGAAUAUUGUGUGUACAAGACUUAGUGGUUACAAGAUUUAGACGAGGGGAUUGCGAAAGUCACUUUAAAAAAUCAAUCCUUUAGAACCAUUUCAGUCCGGUGUUAACAGAGAAAUGCGAUAUAUGGUUCUAGGAUGCUAAGGAAUUUUCUUGGUUGAGGCAUAAACUCUCCUGUCCCGUUCUGACUUGUUGGGGAGCGGGGCGGAGUUAAUGGAGAGAAGAUGCAGGAUCGGAGCUGGAAGGGGUUUAGGACUGAAAACAUUCAUUACUCCUCUGGCUCCUACUUCUCCGCCCCCAACACUGAAACAAGGCGCCCUGUAAGAUGCUUCCAGCCAGCGAAUGCUUCUUGCCAGGGCGCUGAGGCGGAAGAUGCACAACACUCCGCGGUGGUUAGAGUACAGAAUCACUGGGUGCAACCAAUCUAAGGCUCAGUCUAAGUGACACUGUCACAAACUGCUUUGCAACGUGAGUCGUCAAGAUUAAAACUUUUAGGAUUCGAUAAGAUGAGGUUCAAAAAACAUCACACUUCUUGGGGAAAUAGUUCAGACUAAACAUCCCAUAGCAAGUUUAACUUUGCAUUCAGUAUAUUAUCCUCUCAAGAACAAAACGUUCUUUCUCAUUCUCAAAUAUCUGGCAGCCAGGGAGGGCUAAAAGCUCUCCGACGAACUCGGCAAGCUGUUCCCUCACACAGGUAAGCAACGCGACGAUACACCACGGGCUACCAAACCAGUAGGGUAGAAGAGUGGCAGAGAAAGGCCAAACUUAAAAAACCGCAGUAGCGCGGAAGAACGCAGCCGGCGUCUGACGUAAGCCUUCCUGUCGCAGAGCAUAACGGGAGGAGCGGCGGAACGCGCUGGUGGCGCGAGCCCUCUGUAAACGAAAAGAAUUCUGCGGAAGACUAGAGCGGUGCUCUCGGUUCUCGUGGCAGCUCGGGUUACCCACCUGUUGUGGAAACAGCACUGCGCACGCGGUGCGGGCCGCCCCCCCCCCGCCAUUUUUCUUGAGUCGCACGGUGACGCCAUUACGGAGCGCGCCAAUCAGGGCUGGCUGGAGGGCGGGCUCUUCAAAUUUGAAUUCCGAAACUUGUGUCAGGGAGCCUCGCUGAGGAAGUGAGGGUCACCUGUGGCCGGGCUACGGGGGGCUGGAGCCGACUUGGGCCAGAGGGCGAGCCCUGGGGCGCCCGGCCCACCCCCACGCGAAGCCAAGCCGGGACUGCCGCCUUCUAGCUCUAUCAGGCCCUUCACCCAAGGUAUGAACUCCUUGCUUUGCUUCCCUCGCCCCCUGCCAUCGGUCCGCUUCUGGCGCUGAGGGUCCCAGCCCAUCAACAUUCUCGGUCCGCGUAGACUUCUGUAAGUUUUUAGCUUUGGUAGGAGUUUCACGACUACUCACUCAUCCGUUGUAUACAUAUUUGUUGCGUGUCUACUGCAGUUAUCAAGAGAGUAGACCACUAUUCGUUCAGAUUCGUUUUGUAAGUGAACGCUGUAGGCCUUUGUUCUAAAAUCACUUCUAGCAAGAAAAACUUUACGUUAGAAUGAUUUGUGUGCGUCACUGCCCUGGGACCCCAAGAUCCACAGUGCUAUAGAAACAGUUGAUCCAUCGAGCUCAUGUUUUUUUCUGGUUAAAUUUCACAUUGGUUGCAAACACAUGUGGAUAUUAAUAAAAUUAUUUAGAAAAUGGAGGGCCCUUCAUCCUCCUCUUCAAAGUUAAACACUGUUUACAAUUUGGUAUGAUUCCAGAUAUUUCCGCCUAUGCUUUCGCUCGUGUGUGUUUACUGAAAUGCAAUUGUACGUCCUGUUCUGCUUCCUUUUUAAUAUAUCCUAACUAUAUUCUUUGUCAGUACAUAUACAGGCAUGUAUCUUUUUAUUGAAUAUACAGAAUUCGGUUGUAUGGAUGUAGCAGAAUUUCAUCCCAUAGUGGUGAAGAUCUAGAUUAUUUAUAAUAUCUCCGGUUCCUCUGGGCCCCUGCUGAAAGUCUCCUAUCCUGAAAAUUGUGGUUAAGUGAAUUAUCUGUUAGAGAAAACUUGUUGCUACUGUUUAUCAAGAUGAUUGCAACACCUUUGAAACAUCCAGGAAUUCAUUUGUCUUCAGAGACAUCUUCUCAAAGAAGAAAUAUGCCUAUGCAUGCAGUCUUUUUUGACAGCAUUCCUGCAGGCACACUUACUCCUGUAAAAGAUUUGGCAAAAUAUCAGAACCCCUCUUUAAAAUUGAAUGACCAUGAAAAAACUCAUUGCCUAGAAAUGACAAAUUUUAAUAAUAAAAAAAUAUUUCAUUCUACCAUGCUAGCAGAGACUACCUCCUCUAACAGCUCUCUUGAUAUCAGUGUUAUAAAGCCCAACAAGGAUAGAUUAAAAAAUAAAGCAAACUAUGAAUCACCAGGAAAAAUAUUUCAAAGAAUGAAAGAAAAAGUACUGCGUGACAAGCAAGAACAAACGUCAGGCAACAGUAGUUUGUUGGAACCACUGAAAAGUGAAAAGAAAAUUUUCACUCCCAAAGGAGAUGAGAAAAGAGUAUUGCAGAAUACCUGCGUCUGUGAAGAAAAGGAAAACAACAAAUCACUCCAAUCAGAUAACAUUUCACCAAGAGUGCAAGAAGUUCCUCUAGAAUCAUCAAAUAGUACUUUCGUUCCGAUAAAGCAAAAGAUUCAAUGUCAGCAGGAAAAGAAAGCACCUCUGCAUAAUUUAACUUAUGAGAUUCCAUUUCUGAACCAAGAACAUGAAAAUGUUUCAGCUGCAGGAUUCUCAAACAAGACAUUACCUAGAACUCAGUUGGAUAAACAAAUUCUUCACUCAAAGGAGAAUACAUUUGUAACCACUAAGUCUAAAAAGGACACCUUUGUUUUAGAAGGUGUUGAUUCUAUCAUUGAAAAAUCCCAAAAUACUACUGUUGAGACUCUAAAUACUAACUGUGUUCCUGUUAAAAAUGAUGAUCAGUUAAUGGUUUCUGAUAGUAAAGUGGCAACAAAAAGGACUUCACAACAGGAAAUUAAGGAAGGAAAUGAGAACUCAGUGCCCAGAGAAACCGAUCUUCUGGGUUCCAUGAAUGAUACAUGUAAAAUCGUGCUUGCAACUCCAAGAUUUCAUAUAACAAUACCUCAGAAAUCAAAAAGAAAUGCUUCAAAUCAUUCUCUUCCAAGUACACCUCAAACUCUUUCAAAUGAAGUUAAAGAAAUUAAGGUGGUCCAACUACAGGAAUGGAUGAUUAAAGUCAUCAAUAAUAAUACUGCUAUAUGUGUAGAAGGAAAAUUGACAGACAUCACUAACAUAUAUUGGCACAGUAAUGUAAUUAUAGAACGGAUUAAGCACAACAAACUUAAGACUUUAUCAGGCAACAUUUAUAUAUUAAAAGGGAUGAUAGACCGGAUUUCCAUGAAAGAAGCAGGAUAUCCAAAUUAUCUCAUAAGGAAGUUUAUGUUUGGCUUUCCAGAAAAGUGGAAAGAGCAUAUUGAUAAUUUUCUAGAACAAUUAAGGGCUUGUGAAAAGAAAGAGAGAAAGGCCAGACAAAAACAGAAAACUGGAAAAUUUAUCUCUGAUGUACAAAAAUCAGCGAAAAAUAAUGCAAGAGAAAACCAAACAGAUGUUCUGCAAAGAGCCAGCACCACUUAUGACAUUGAUUGUUGUCAUUUGGAACUGAAAAAUGGUAAGCGCAGGAGGUUGCCAGCAGCCCCAGAAUUAAACGUGUGCCAUGAUAAUUGCCAAAAUAAACCACGAUUAAGGCUCUCAGAUGACCAAAUGCAUAAUACUUGUCAAAAUGGAGGAGAAAAUGACUUAACUAAUCAGGAAAUAAUUGGAAUGAAAGCAUACGAAAAGUUGUCUUCAAAGAAACUUGAAAAUUGUGAAAGAACAAAUGAAAGGAUAAUUAAAAGUCAGAAGCAAGAGAGAACUGAAGAAUCGAAUGUAUCCAUUGACAUUCUGACCUUAAGGCAACCGUUUUUCUUGGACGAAGAAAGAAAAUGUAUGGCUCUUAAUCCGAAGGAAGCUUAUAUUUUAAUGACACCACUUAAAUCUAAAAAAGUGAUAGAACAAAAAUGCAUGAAGUAUAAUCUCUCUUAUAGCACCAUUAAAGCAGUUACAGAUUUUGCAGUGCCAAAGCAUCAAAAAGAAAGUAAAUCAGACUUAAAUGAAACUACCAGUUUGAUCAGUAAGCCCACAAAAACCUUCAAAAAUGCAUUUGAGUUUAGUGAGGGCCAUGAAAGUAAAAACAAGGAAGACUGCAGUGAAUGUGAUUUACUCACUGUCAACCAGAAAAUCAAAAUAUCUAGUCCUAAAAAAGAACAAAUGGUCACCUCUGACUUUAAGAAAAAUGCAAGGUUGUUACCAAAAUCGAAGAAAAUAAAAAAUGUGUCUAUGUCAUUUUACAAGCAGCAGUCCUCAUCAGAUUUGUCUAGUGAAGAGAGUGAAACAGAAAAGGGAAUUAGAAGGAAAGCUGCAGUUGCUAAGAAAAAUACAGCAAGAAAUACUGAAGAAACAGUGGUUCACCUGAGGAAAAGCACAAGAAACACCACAAGGAAAAUCCCAGUGAUUUCUGAAUCUGAAACUGAAGAAAGUGAAAGUGAAUUUUAUAUCAAACAAAAGAAAGCUAGAUGUUCUGCUAAAGAAAAUCUUCAGAAGUCUGGUAUCAGGAAUGAGUUUCCAGUUAUUGAGGCGAUCAGAUCUGAUGAGACAAACAGGCAUCCCUUUGAAUGUUUUCCUGGUUUAAUUCAGGAUGAGGAAUGGAAUGAGAAGGAAUUACAGAAACUUCAUUGUGCUUUUGCAUCUUUUCCAAAGCACAAACCUGGUUUCUGGUCAGAUGUAGCAAUGGCUGUAGGUUCUCGAUCUGCUGAAGAAUGCCAGAGGAAAUACAUGGAAGACCCCGGAGGAAAAGAAUCCCAGAAACCUGUCACUAAGAAAAAACCAGUUAAUCCCAAAGGCCAAAAUGGCAAAAUGGGUGAUGCUGAUAAGAAGCAAAUGAUUAAGAUAACUGCCAAAGUGGGAACUCUUAAAAGGAAGCAGCAAAUGAGGAAUUUUCUGGAACAGUUGCCAAAAGAUGAUCAUGAUGAUUUUUUCAGUACAACACCUUUGCAGAACCAGAGAGUAGUGUUGCCAAGUCUCCACGACAGUGCAGAAGAGGAUGAUAUUCUGCCCAGUAUGGACAAAAAUCCAACAACUCCAUCAUCAGUUGUCUUUCCAUUGGCAAAAACUCCUCAGUGUCAGCAUGUCAGUCCUGGCAUGCUAGCCUCUAUAAAUAGGGAUGACUGUGAUAAAUAUGUUUUUCGUAUGCAAAAAGAACAUAAAAGUAAAGGUGGCAUUGUCUGGGGCAAUAUCAAGAAAAAAACAGUUGAAACUGAGUUUUCAACUCCAACAUCAAGGAAAAAAACUCUGUAUAACAAAGAAUUAGGAGAACACUCUGGUAUUGGAAAACUUUUCACCAAUGCUAUGGAGUCUUUAGAUGAAGAAGAGAAAGAUUAUUAUUUUUCAAACUCUGAUUCUGCAUAGUAUAAAUGAGAAAAUAUUUCCAGGAUUUUUGUCAAGAAGCAGACAGUGUAUUUAUAUCUUUUUUUGGAAUACAUAUUAUUUUCCUUAUAAUGUGCCUUCAUAUGAUAUUGUGGAUUCCUUCUCAAAGGUUUUAGGUGUUUGUAUUCAGAGUAAAACAUCCUUCUGUAGAAUGCUGUUGAUACAGGUUACUAAAAUAUAAGGAAAAUUGUUUUGCUUGUAUACCUACUUGUAUAUUUCUGUUUUUUUGAACAUUAAAAUAUUCUAGAUAAGUCUCUCUUAAGCAUCUGUUUAAGAAAAUCAUGUCCUAAACAGAUUUUUUUAAAAAGCUUCCAAGAAAAUGUUGCUACCCUUAAGGGGUAGGGGAGGGGAAAUAAAAAGUAGACUGUAUUGCUGGCUACAAAUUCAUGACAACUGUAUUAGCAUUUGUUACCACUUGAUUUUUUCCUUAAAACUUAUCAUUGGCACAGCUAUGAAACCUAUGUAAAUUUAGUACUUUUAUUAGGUAGAAUCAGAGAAUAAAUUUUGUCACAUUAAGCCUUAUUUACAUAUGCAGACAUUCAUAGUUUACAUUUGGCCUUAGUAUUAAAAAGACUGGAUUAGACGUUCACGUAAUUGAUCUACCAUUAUAAAGAGUCAAGUUAAUAUGCCAUGUCAUAAUAAAACAUUAUUUUCCUCCUUUCAGACAGCUCCUUUGGAAAUAAACUUUUUUUAGCUUAUUCUGUCAUUCUGUUUUAAAAUUUGACAAUAUUUCUCCUCUGGUUACAGUAUAUAUUCACUUACCCUUUCUCUCCAGUUAGAUUGUUCAAAUAAAUUUUGCUUUUAGAACAUU